UUCAAAAGCAGUUUAAACGUUGGCACAUGUGAGCGUUGGAACCGCGGCUAUAAGUAAAACGAACUUUGAACUUCUUGAACAACUACAGGACCAUGUACUUUGAAGAUUGUGUAUUUCUACUUGUGUGCAUUUCUGUUAUAGUGUAUAUUUAUCGCCUAUUCAAGAAAAAAGAGCCUCGGUCACAGUCUUCACAAUUGAUAUGCUGUGAUGACUUUGAGCAGUAUGCCAGAGAUCAUGUACCCGCUGAUCUUUUUGGGUAUAUUGCUGGUGGAACUGGUAAAAGACUAACCAUUCCUGCCAAUAUUGAGGCAUUCAAAAAAGUUCAGCUCAUGACCAAGAUUUUCCAUCCAGUAAUAAACGUGGACCUUCGUACAAUGUUUUUAGGCCGUGUCGCUGAUCUGCCUAUUGGAAUAGCGCCCUCUUCAGCCAGAUCUGUCAUAUGGCCAGAUGGAGAAAGAUGUGUUGCAAGAGCUGCAGAUGAUAUGAAAAUUGUUAGUAUCUUACCAAUGUUGGGUUCUGCCAGUAUAGAAAGUAUUGCUAAAAGUGCUCCCUCAGCAGUUCAUUGGUUGCAAAUAAGACUGUGUAAGGACAAUGCUCAUAUGUCACUCAUACAUCGAGCAGAAGACGCUGGAUUUGAAGCUAUUGUAGUGUCUGCUGAUGGCGCCAGGGGAUUGCGUUGCAAGCAACACAAGUUUCCAACAAAAUUGAAUACUGAAUGUCCUAACUUUAAUUAUAAAUCUGUCACUACCGUCCUUGAUCAACUGAUAGAGCCUUGUGUUUCAUGGCAUGAUUUGGAUGAUGUCAUAUCUGAAACUAAGUUACCAGUGGUACUCAAAGGUGUCUUAAAUCCUGAUGAUGCCAUUGAGGCUGUUAAGCACGGUGUGCAGGGGAUUAUUGUGUCUAACCAUGGUGGUAGAAUACUUGAUGGUGUUCCAUCAUCGCUGGAAAUGUUACCUGAAAUCAAAUCAGCUAUUGGGGAUGAUGUUGAUUUGUAUUUUGAUAGUGGCAUUAGAACUGGAUCCGAUGUGUUUAAGGCCUUAGCACUUGGUGCUAAGGGUGUUUUUAUUGGCAGACCAGUUUUGUAUGGAUUAAGCUACCAGGGUGAAGAAGGUAUCAAAAAGGUUUUUAAUAUACUAACUGAAGAAUUACGAAUUGCAAUGAUUCACACAGGGUGUUCAUCGAUUUCAAAAAUCUCUCCAGCCGUCAUUAGGAAGUGAUGUUACCAGAUCCAUUGGUUACAAAAUACUGUAUUUGCUACUGUGACGUUGAAUGCACAAUUUAUUGGAAUCUCUGGAAUCCAAAACAAAGUGCAAAAUGAUAAUCAUAUUCUAUUUAAUUUAUGAAUAUUAUGCAAGUUUUGAUAACUAAAUAAACAUAAUUCUAGUUCUAAUGACUGUUAGUAUUCUGCAGAAAAAAUGUGUUUUUAGCUGUCAUUAACUUUUUGAAUGCCAUAAUGUAUCCAACCAAAAUGUUGGUGCAAUAUUUUCAAAAAGUGUGUUUAUUUAGAAAAGCUUCCAUAUUCC